AUGGAAGUCAAUAAUGAAAUUAAUGAGUAUACUUAUGAAGAAGAUUUUGAAAAUUUAGAAAUUCCUUAAUUAUUUAGAUAGAAUGGAGUCAACAUAAGUAAUCAAGAGAAUCAAGAUAAUUUAAUAUUGGAUAAACCAGUCGACAAAAUAUUUGAAGAACAAAAAUGUCCAAUUUGUUUAGAAUCAUCAAAUGAGUUAUAUCCUUUAAAAUGUGGACAUACUUUCUGCUAGUAAGAUAUAGAAAAAAUGAUUGAAAUUUCAAAAUUAUCCUAAAAUUUGAUCUAAUGCCCUUUAUGUAGAUCAUAUUAAAAUUUGGAUUCAUAUGAUGAAGUUUUAAAAUUUAGGUAACAAAAUAUAAAGAACUGCUAAAAAUUGGUUCUUUGA